GGGGUCCGGCCCCCCGCCGGCCGGCCACCAGAUCGUCCACGUCCGCGGGGACUCGGAGACGGACCUGGAGGCGCUCUUCAACGCCGUCAUGAACCCCAAGACGGCCAACGUGCCGCACACCGUGCCCAUGAGGCUCCGCAAGCUCCCCGACUCCUUCUUCAAGCCCCCGGACCCCAAGGCGCACUCACGGCAGGCAAGCACUGAUGCAGGAACCGCAGGAGCCCUGACUCCUCAGCAUGUCCGAGCUCAUUCCUCUCCGGCUUCCCUGCAGUUGGGAGCUGUCUCUCCGGGGACACUCACACCCUCUGGAGUCCUUUCAGGCCCUGGAGCUUCUCCUUCGACUCAACACCUCCGCCAGUCGUCCUUCGAGAUCCCUGAUGAUGUGCCACUGCCAGCAGGCUGGGAAAUGGCAAAGACAUCCUCUGGUCAGAGAUAUUUUCUGAAUCACAUCGAUCAGACCACAACAUGGCAGGACCCGAGGAAGGCCAUGUUGUCCCAGAUGAACGUGACGGCCCCGACGAGCCCUCCAGUGCAACAGAAUAUAAUGAAUUCCGCAUCAGGCCCCCUUCCCGAUGGAUGGGAACAAGCUAUGACCCAGGACGGAGAGAUUUACUACAUAAACCAUAAGAACAAGACCACCUCUUGGCUAGACCCCAGGCUUGACCCUCGUUUUGCCAUGAACCAGAGAAUCAGCCAAAGUGCUCCAGUAAAGCAGCCACCCCCAUUGACUCCCCAAAGUCCUCAGGGUGGAAUUAUGGGAGGAGGCAGCUCAAAUCAGCAGCAACAGAUGAGACUGCAGCAGCUGCAGAUGGAAAAGGAGAGGCUUCGCCUGAAACACCAAGAACUGCUCCGGCAGGCAUUGCGGAAUAUCAAUCCCAGCACAGCAAAUUCUCCAAAACGUCAGGAAUUAGCUCUCCGAAGCCAGCUGCCAACAAUGGAACAAGAUGGUGGGGCUCAGAAUCCAGUGUCUUCUCCGGGAAUGUCUCAGGAGCUGAGAACAAUGACUACAAAUAGCUCUGAUCCCUUUCUUAACAGUGGCACCUAUCACUCCAGAGAUGAAAGCACAGAUAGCGGGCUGAGCAUGAGCAGUUACAGUGUUCCCAGAACCCCAGAUGACUUCCUGAACAGUGUUGACGAAAUGGAUACAGGUGAUAGCAUCGGCCAAAGCAACAUGCCCUCCCAACAGAACCGUUUCCCAGACUACCUGGAAGCCAUUCCGGGAACGAACGUGGACCUGGGGACCCUGGAAGGCGAUGGGAUGAACAUAGAAGGAGAAGAACUCAUGCCAAGUCUGCAGGAGGCUCUGAGUUCUGACAUCCUUAAUGACAUGGAGUCUGUGCUGGCAGCCACCAAGCUAGAUAAAGAGAGCUUUCUCACAUGGUUAUAGAGGCCUCGGGGAGACUGCAUUCUCAAUCUGUGAAGGAUCUAAGGAGAUAUGUCCUCUCUUCCUGAGGUCUCAAACAAGCCACUGGGGCAGACUUCCAGCUUGUGUCGAGAGAGAAAUGAACAAAUAUCCACCAAGAUUCAUCCAAUAUUUUUGCUCUUCCUUGUCAUGCUGCUGUUCUGUAUUGCUGACCUCUUUCCCAGUCGACCCUGAAGACUCAUCAACUUGGUCUCGAUCUUUAGUUCUGUUUGCCGUUGCAACUACUGUUCAUUCGGUGGGCUGGAAGUGGGUGGGAGGACGGAGGGGGUGGCGAGCCCUUUUGAAUGAUGGAUGUCAUUCCUUUUGUCCAAUUAUGUGUGCGUAGAUCAUCUGAACGAAACACACGGGCUGGUGAGUUCACUUUUACGUGUCCCAACUUGUAGUGCGUUCAACUCGUGGUCUCUUCAGCUGCCUGUGGCGAGAGGAAGAACACGACUUUCUGGUCUGACAAGCCAAAAAUGAUGUAUCUGAUCAAAAGAACUCAAUACUGAUUUGGAGAUGCAGAUCAAACCAAGACUGAAGAUUUUGUUUGACGUUAAGUGUGUGCCACUUCUAAUGCUCUCAUUAGUCACUAAGGGCUCCUGAUCUUAUUUGAAGGGAUUGCAAGAUGUGAGGCAGUUUCCACAGAAAAUUGAACACAAAUUAUCGCCACGUGCUCGGGCCUUCAUUAUCGUCUGUGGGAAAGUAGAGAAUUGAUCCUAUUAGUGAACGUAGCAAUGGUUGUAGUUUGGGAGGGUUACUGUAGGUGUUCUCUUUAUUGUGAAAUCUAGAUUUUUCUGGUUUCACGGUCUUAUUUAAAUCUUGAUGGUCUGCUCUUUUUUUUAAUACACCUAUUAUAUGUCUAAUAUAGCCUGAUAGCUGAAUAUAUAGUUUUAUAUGUUUUUUCCUGUAACUUUUCAAUUUAUUUUUAAAUGGUAGAUUUGAAUGUAUACUUUAGAACACGUGACCAGCGGUUUGUUUUUCAUGCCUAUUGCAAAAAUGCGAAGUUUGAAUCAGGUUGGAAGCAAUCCAGAAGUGCAUUCCCAGGGGUGCCUGGGAACGCACAGUAAAUAUCACCUGUUGGACAUGAAGAAGAAUUUGAAAGUAGCUUUUUUAAUUAAAAAAAAGAGAGAAAACCUCCCAAGAACUAGUUUUUAGUCUGGAUCAAAUCAGUGAAUAGAUAGUCAGUGACAGGAGAAAACUUGAUUAAAAGCUUUCCCUUAAAUGUAGCUUUUGAAAGGAAAUCCUAGACUUUAACCUACACGCCUUUAACGAAGGUGCAGAAAGUUAAGAGCGACAAACCUUUUCAGGACCAUCUACGUACAUUCGAAGCAUACAGUUGUCCCUAGUUCUGUGUAGUUCUGUGUGCUGAGAAAUUAGCCCUGAGGUAGUGUGUAGAAAGACUAUGAAAAUAUGGUUAGCUGGUGAAAUGAUCAGGUAAUGAAUUGUAUAUCGGUAGUUGAAUUUAGUACCGGGAUAGAGAUAAGCGCGAUUAUACUUUUAUUUUUGCGGGAAGAGCUAUGACACUAGUCCGUCUACGGGAAUUAUGACAGUUUCCAAAGAGUAUUUUUAAAUGAACAAAACGAGCAUGAAUCAACUUUUCAGUAUAAGCUAUGAAAUAUUAUUUUUUAUGAAUUAUAGUGGCACCAGCCAGCACCUCUAUAAUUAAAGGUCUGUCAAUGUUUCCAUGAAAACCCCUUAUUUUCAAGGGUUUAGAACUUAGCCAUAGACACAGUUUCCUGGCCAAAACUUGGUAUGCAGUGUCUCCUCUCGAGACGAUGUUUUUCCUUUUUUGUACAAUUCAGAUUCUAUGCCGUUUGACCCUUUCGUUCUAGGAGUGCAGAAGUGAAAACGGCAAGUGUUGUAUUCAGGACUUCCAUUCAGUACUUCCAUUGCUCCAACGACUCAGUCACUGGGUUGUAGAUAACCAGCUGUAGGUAACAGCGGGUAGGCAUUCGAAACGGUUGACUUUAGUCAUUCUUCAGAGGAAAAAAAAUGCAGCAGAGAGAUGGCGUUUGGGUGGAAUAUUCCCUGUGCAUCUCCCUGAAUCUUUUAGACAGGAUAGCAAGUGGAUGGUUCAGCAUUUUUUUCUUUAAAGAGUGAGGAAGAUCAAAGCUACUCCUGUAAAGAAGACACAAAACUACACCUCCCGGUGAACAACGGCACACAAGAUUUGGGAGGCUAUAAGGUUUUAGUGGGAUUUUGAUGGAGAUUUUAGAAACUUCCUGCUCCUCCUGAAAGACCUUUUUGCCGUGUCCAGCAUGGUGGCUAAAUGUACGAAACGAUCCCACUGUUGAUAACCUUAAGGAAUUUGAAACAAAGCCACCCAACAAGAGCUGUUUCCCUUCGACAUUCGCUUCACCAGUUCUGCGUCACUGUUGUGGCACUGUGCAGUGAUCUCAGAUGCCUGACAUGCUAAAACGAGGGGUGGGAAUGAGUAUAGAGAAUUGCUCCUUUUGGGGAGGGUUCGAGGCCCAGCCUGUUGUCUUGAUUUGUGUUUUCAUUAUAUAUAUGUAAAAACGCCAAACUGCUUUUUUUGGUCGUAUUGGGUAGCGUUGAUGUAAGUUCUGACUGUAACCAGGUAUUUCUGAAUUGAUUCAACAGUAAACCGAUUUUUAAAGCAGUUUUUUUCCCCCAACAUGUAUCCCUCCUUGUCUCUUCUGUCCUCUGAGUAGGCAGGAUAAGCUCCGUAGAAAGCUCAGUGAUUGUUGGUGCAAACUGAUUUGUCGUUGCCGAUCUUCAGAAGCGCCAUCUGAUGAAGUAGCUAAAAGAUGGAAGUGCCAUUUUAAAAAUGCAAUUCUGUUAUGGUGGUGUUACUUAAGAAUCAGAUUUUCCACAUUUUUAAAUUAGUUUUAAUUCAGAGUGAACUAUGGGAGCAUGUUGGAGUAACAGUAAAUCGGACAGUUUUUAAAAAAUUGUACCAAUCAGUGUUGGAGCUCAAGCAAUGCAAUUUAAAAAAAAAAGACAAUUUCAAAGUGAUUAAGUUAAUAGCUUUUGCACAUCUGGGAAGUUAGUACUAAUAUGAAUUUUCACUUUGCAAGCAUGUUUUUAUAUGAAUAGUGGGUCUGCCUGUCUAUAAACUAUUGACUUUUCUAUAUCCUGAAAAAUUACUCUCCACAUUUUUAAUGUUUUAUAUUAGAGAAUUCUUAAAUGCACACUUGUCAAAUAUAUAUAUAUAGUACCAAUGUUACCUUUUUGUUGUUUUAGAUGAAAAAGCAUGCCAGUAUGUUAGGUACCUACGUAAAUUCUGUUACAUUAUUUUUUCCUUAUGUAAUACUUUUUUUUCAUUUGUUUAUGUGGUAUAAAUAUAUACUUUGUGCUUAAAAAUCA